CGGCGGAGGGAGCGGCGCGCCGAGCGCCCAAGGCUGCGCUUCCCGGCCGGCGGGGCGACGCCGUGGGCCGGCCGCUCCGGGCUCCCCGACGCCACCGGCGCCCCAGCUCCGCCCCAGGCCUCCCCGCCAUGCGCACCGGCUAGUGCACCUCGGGCGCAGCGCCCACCAGGCCGGUCCCGCCGCUCGCCCCGCUGCCGGCAUGCUGCGCCCGCUGCUGCUCGCCGCGCUCUGCCUGGCCGGCCGGCUGGGGACCUCCCGCAGCUGCCAGCUGCCCUCGGAGUGGAGACCCCUGAGUGAGGGCUGCCGCGCCGAGCUGGCCGAGAUCAUCGUGUAUGCCAAGGUGCUGGCGCUGCACCAAGAGGUGCACGGCCUGUACAACUACCUGCCCUGGCAGUACGAGGCCGGCGAGGCGGGGCUCUUCUACUCGGCCGAGAUCGAGAUGCUGUGCGACCAGGCGUGGGGCAGCAUGCUCGAGGUGCCUGCGGGCUCCAGGCUCAACCUCACCGGCCUGGGCUACUUCUCCUGUCACUCCCACACCGUGGUCCAGGAUUACUCCUAUUUCUUCUUCCUCAGGAUGGAUGAAAAUUAUAACCUCUUGCCUCAUGGAGUCAAUUUCCAAGAUGCCAUCUUUCCAGACACUCAAGAGAACAGAAGGAUGUUUUCCAGCCUUUUCCAGUUUUCAAACUGUUCCCAAGGGCAGCAGCUGGCAACUUUCUCCAGUGACUGGGAGGUCCAAGAAGACACUAGGCUUAUGUGUUCCUCGGUGCAGAAGGCCCUGUUUGAGGAGGAGGACCACGUCAAGAAGCUGCAGCAGAAGGUGGCCACCCUAGAGAAGCGGAACAAGCAGCUGCGGGACCGGGUGAAGAAGGUCAAGAGGUCCCUGCGGCAGGCGCGGAAGAAUGGCCGCCACCUGGAGCUGCUGAACCAGAAGCUGAGCGAGAAGCUGGCGGCCGCGGCAGGCGCGCUCCCGCACAUCAACGCGCUGGGCCGCGAGCCCGCGGGCGCCGCCUACCUGCGGGGGUAGCAGGGAUGGAGCCUUGGCCUCACCUGGUACCCGCUGAGGCCUCUCACGGGGAGUGGAAAAGGACACUGGGUUUAGACGUGCACGUAGCUCAAGAACUCUUGUAGAUGAUGAUAUUUUUACUGUGCAUUUGGUAGCGUCUAGUUGGUUUACAGGGCAAGUCUCCUAUCUCCUUGGCUGCCGGU